CUCGUCUCUCGUCAUCCUCGUGUCCCCUCCCCUUCUCUCCUCACUACCACGGCUCAGACUGCCUUUGCUCCUCUGUGCCUCAGACCGCCAUUCCCAACCCCGUUACCAUGCCACCGACCCCUCAGCUCCCCCGACUCGCGUCAUCUGCCCAUCGCCCUGUUCGAGGACUGUCGAUCCGUAGCCAAGACGAGAGGCGCCUGCCCGACUUCGUUGGCGGUCAAUAUGCCGCCUACAAUCUGUCUUCUGUCCUCUUCGAGGAUCGCACCGACGAUGCGAGCGCAAUUGCCCUCUACCGCUGGUCGCCGCCAGCAGGAGAAAAGCCUUCUUUCUCUGAAGCCGUAAAGCACAAGUUUGAGAAGGCUAGCAAGGGCGAUCUCAUGGGUCCGUCGUGGUCCAAUCAUUGGUGCAAGCUCGACAUUGCUGUACCAGCCAAGUGGCAGGACAAGGAAUGGGUUGAGCUCGAGUUUGACCCCUCAUGUGAGGGGAUGAUCUUCGACGUCAAUGGCAAAGCCCUUCAAGGCAUCACCGGCGGAGGUGACAUGAGGCGCGUCGACUUCCCUCUCAAGGGCUCGCACAAGACGAAGCCUUUCACUCUCUACAUCGAAUGCAGCUGCAAUGGCAUGUUUGGCGUGCCAAGCGACCAUACUGGGGACCCGGAUCCUAAUAGGUCCUUCAGACUUGAGUCAUGCGAUAUUGUCGUGAAGCGCCCGCAGGCGUGGAGACUCUUGUGGGACUGGGAAGUCCUGCGAGGAUGCGUCAACGAGAUGCCCAAGGACGGUGUUCUGCAGAACAAGGCGCUGUGGGUCUGCAACAAGAUCAUGUCUACCUUCCGCCGCAACGACCUCAAGACGAUCGACCAGUGCAGGAAGAUCGCUGAGGAGGUCCUGGGCACAGACUGGGAGAGGAGCGACAUCUACGCAGCAAAGAAGAGCGAGGUCAACGACGACAAAGAUGCGCUAGUCUGGUCUCUUGGUCACACCCACAUCGACACAGCAUGGCUCUGGCCUUUCAGCGCUACACAACAGAAAGUCGCUCGUUCCUGGUCGACGCAGCUCGACCUUCUCGAGCGCUACCCAGAGUACAAGUUCACCGCAUCCAGUGCGAUCCAAUUCCAAUGGCUCGAACAGCUCUACCCCGAGCUCUUCGAACGCGUCAAGAAGCAAGUCGAAGCCGGCCGCUUCGUCCCCAUCGGGGGGACGUGGGUCGAGAACGAUGCCAACAUGCCCAGCGGGGAGGCUUUCGCAAGGCAAUUCGUGUAUGGACAGCGCUACUUUAAGAGUCGCUUCGGGAAAGACUGCGACAUUUUCUGGCUCCCCGACACCUUUGGCUACAACGCUCAGAUUCCGCAGCUCGCGAGGGGAGCAGGAUGCCAGUCUUGGCUCACUCAGAAACUUAGCUGGUCGUCGACGAACACUUUCCCUUCGAACUCAUUCGUAUGGGUCGGCCUGGAUGGUUCUCAGAUCAUGACCCACAUGCCCCCGGCUGACAAGUACGACAGCCGCGCUGGUGUCGACGAUAUUCGCCGGUCUGUGACGAACAAUAAGAACCUUGGCGUGCAGCCCAAGGCGCUGCUACUCUUUGGCUUUGGAGACGGCGGAGGCGGGCCCACUGCUCCCAUGCUUGAGAGCUUCCGCCGAGCCCGUGCUAUCCACAAUGCUGGCUUCACCGAGAUGCCCAAGCUUGCUCAUAAGACCGCUGGCAGUUUCUUUGACAAUAUCCUCGAAGCCACGGAGCUCGGUGAGCGAUUGCCCACCUGGCAGGGAGAGAUCUAUCUCGAGUUCCACCGUGGCGUUCAAACCUCCCACGGGUCGAUCAAGAAAUGGAAUCGCAAGCUCGAGAUUCUCUUGCACAACGUCGAAUGGGUUGCCACUUGCGCGAGUCUGCAGGGCAAGUACACCUACCCCAAGAGCGAACUAGACAGUCUUUGGGAGCCUCUCCUUCAGUGCCAAUUCCACGAUGUCCUCCCUGGCAGCUCGAUCCGGCUCGUCUACGAUGAUGCAGAGAAGAUCUACGCCGACAUCGACCGUCGCGCUAAGAAGCUGCUAGCCGAUGCCUCUCAUCACCUCCCUCAGACGGACGGCGUCGUCAGCAUCAACACCCUCGGCAUCCCCCGUCGCGAGCUCGUGGAGGUCUCCAUCAACGAGAAGUCAUCGCAUGAGGCCGAGGCUUUGCGUCGUGCUGCCGUACAAGUCUCUGGCCACGGCGACUCGGCCUUCCUGCUCAUGGAGGAUCUCGGCGCUGACGGCCGGCUCAUGAGCUGCCCCUCACCGGCGACUGUCAUGCGAGGCAUCGAAGCUGUGUCCAUCAACGAAGACGGCAAUGGUUCGUUCACGAUGCGCAGUUCCAACAUCUCGAUCAAGGUUGCUCACGGCCGAAUCGCGUCCAUCUACGACAUCGGCGAGGGGCGAGAGCUUAUCGCUCCCGGGCGUACUGCAGGCCUCAGCAUUGCCGAGGACUAUAGUGCUCAGUUUGACGCAUGGGAAUUGGAAUCGUAUUCAUUGGACACGAUGGAGGAGAUUCGCUUUGAUCGCUGCAAGAUUGCCGAGCGGGGCCCAUGGAGAGCCAGUAUGGUCCUCGAAGCCUCUUUUGGCAAGAGCAAGGCAUCCAUCAUCCUCAGCCUCGACGCCGUCCCGGCCACCGCCGUGCAGGGAGGCAAGAGUGGUAGCGAUGCACGCUCCCUCAUCCGCUUCGACGCCGAGGUUGAUUGGCAGGAGAAGCACCGCUUUCUCCGCUUCGAGGUGCCAACUUCCUUGCAGAGUGAGACGGCAUCCUUUGAGACGCAAUUUGGAGUCACGAAGAGGCCUACGACGAGAAACACGACGUGGGAGGCUGCCAAAUUCGAGGUGGCUGCGCACAAGUUCUGCGACCUCUCCGAGGCAAAUUACGGGCUUUCCAUCCUCAAUGACUGCAAGUACGGCCACUCGGCCGAGGGGGGGACGCUACGCUUGUCCUUGCUCAAGGCUGCAACGUACCCUGACGCCCAUCAGGAUGAAGGCAAGCACACCUUUUCCUUUGCCAUCUACCCUCACGUCGGCGCACUCGGUAGCGACGUCGUGACCGCCGCUCGCAUCUUCAACAACCCCGUCGAGGUGAGCGACUUGUCUGCUCUCAGGCCUGCAUCGGUCGGCGGGGCGAGCAAGGCAGAGGCCCCCUUCAGUAUCGAGAACUGCGGCAAAGAGUGCACCGUCGUCCUGGACACCAUGAAGCGCGGCGAGGAAGACUUUGACUACUACAAGUCCAAGGGCUCCGGCCGUACGACGGUCGUGCUGCGACUCUACGAGUCACUCGGCGCGCACGCAGAGGUGAUGCUCAAGAGCUCGUCCAAGCUCGACGUCAACAAGCUGGUGGUCACUAAUCUUCUAGAAGACGCGGAGGAAGACAGCGUACUGGAGCAGUGGGAGACGGAGGAUGGAGGAGCUAGCGUAAUGCUGACCUUCCGACCAUUCGAAGUCAAGACGAUCAAGGCUGUUCUUGCGGCAUAGGCGGCCUUGAAGCAUCACGUGCGCUGCAGGUGUAGCGCUGCUUGUGUAUACGCGCGAUUGGCAACGAAUCACAACUUCAUCUACUUUCGCUUGACUUGAGUUUGAUGGCGAUGCCAGCCAGUUGUCGAGCUCCUCGCCUUUGCCGGACGUCUACGGGCAUGUCUCGGCGGAACGUGACGUCUGCCAUCCGCCUUCCCCUUCCUGCCGGAGGCCUGCUCAUCAUCUCUCCAUGGCGCAGACACUAUUCUGCCGGCUCCUGAUUCCAUUU